AAACUCUUUUUAAGCAUUCGGGGUCAUAACCGGUGAUAAAACCCGUGAGAGUGAGAUUUGGGGAUCCAUUACAUUACAUAGCUUAACAUUUUAAUCAAUAUUUUUUCUCUCUCUCGAUCACUCUCUGUGCUGCUCCCCUGUCCUCGUGAAAGAGAACUAGUUAAGUUUGGUCUGACCCAUCGUUUGUAUGUAUCUGUGUCUAUUUAUUCUCAGCUGUCUGAACUCUGAAACAUAAUCACAAGUACUUUGACACAUCUCUCUCUCCAUCUCCCUCUCCCCAGUCUCUCUCUCUCUCAUUUCUCGCCAAGACUUUUCUCUCAAGUUUUCAGUUUCCAGAGAUGUUUCGCCGUUGGAGUGGUUCUCAGCCAUCACAGGAGAAUAAAGAGCCGCUGCCUGAGGUUAAGAUCAAUGAGCUGAGAGUUGCUCUUGGCCCACUAUCAGGGCGCAGUUUACGAUACUGCACAGAUGCUUGCUUGAGGAGAUUCUUGGAAGCUCGUAACUGGAAUGUAGAAAAAGCAAAGAAGAUGCUGGAAGAGACUCUAAUUUGGAGAUCAACCUACAAGCCUGAAGAAAUCCGCUGGCAUGAAGUUGCUGGUGAAGGCGAAACAGGAAAAUUGUUUAGAGCAGAUUUCCAUGACCGUUAUGGGAGAACUGUUCUUAUACUAAAACCAGGAUUGCAGAAUACAACAUCUAUAGACAACCAGAUGAGACAUCUCGUGUAUCUGAUAGAGAAUGCUAUACUUAAUCUUCCAGAAGGUCAAGAACAAAUGGCAUGGUUAAUAGACUUCACUGGAUGGUCUUUCAGUACUAGUGUGCCGGUUAAAUCUGCUAAAGAUACUAUAAGCAUACUCCAAAACUACUACCCUGAGAUACUUGCUGUAGCAUUUUUGUACAAUCCCCCGAGAAUUUUUGAAGCAUUCUGGAAGGUUGUCAAGUACUUCUUGGAUACCAAAACAUUUCACAAGGUAAAAUUUGUGUAUCCAAAGAAUAAAGAUAGCGUGGAACUGAUGAAAACAUAUUUUGACAUGGAAAAUCUUCCAACUGAGUUUGGUGGCAAAACCACAUUGAACUAUGACCAUGAGGAAUUCUCGAGGUUAAUGGCCAAGGAUGAUGUAAAAUCAGCUAAAUUGUGGGGAUUUGAUGGCAAGCAGAAGCCAGCUUACUCGGGAGCAGAGGUCGUUCCAGAACCAGAAACCCUUCCUUCUGCUGGCUAAACCUGUUUUUGAUCGAUGUGAAGAUACAAGUUGAAAAUUUUAACAGAUUUGGGGUCCGGUUCACUUUAGUGUUCUCUGGAUAAAUAAUUAAAUGAGUAAAAACCUUGUGCCCUAGGUUAUCUAGCAGGCAAGCAGCUAUGGAAAGUAUUAGUGAACCUUUUCAGAACAAUGUAAUUUGUUCACCAUCAUCUCAUAUUACUUCAAUGCUUUGACUGUAAGUCUAUAAUGCACAAUGACUCUGAACAUUUUGGCCUCAGUAUCUUUGUGCUUGUGCAUCAGGGCAUUGUUAUUUCUGUUGCUAUAUAUCAUGUCUUUAGUUCA